AUGUGUGGAAACCUUCUUGUCAUAAUCUCCAUAAUUUACUUCGAACAGCUCCACACUCCAACAAACUACCUGAUCCUCUCUCUGGCUGUGGCUGACCUGCUCGUUGGGGUUUUAGUUUUACCUUUUAGCAUGAUCCUGACUGUCUGUUCAUGUUGGUAUCCCGAAGAUUUACUCUACAGAUAUUAUGCGGUGUGUCAGCCUCUGAGGUACAAAACUAAAAUAAAUGUCCAUGUUAUUGUGAUCAUGAUCCUGGUGACCUGGACUGUUUCCGCACUGAUUGGAAUUGGAAACACGAUUCGGGGGCUAAACCAAGGGCAACCUAGUAGGUGUUUGUGCUUUCCACAAACAAGCACUUCACUUAUAGGAUCAAUUUUUGCGUUUUACCUCCCGGCUAUUGUAAUGUUCACCAUCUACCUAAAGAUUUUGAUGGUGGCACAGAGACAGGCACGCAGGAUCCAGAGCACAAUCUGUCAGAGCACAAAGUCUGCAGACACUGUCAGUAAGAUGGAGAGAAAGGCCACCAAAACUCUGGCCAUUGUGAUGGGAAUUUUUCUGAUCUGUUGGACUCCUUUCUUUAUUUGUAUUACCUUUUACCUUUUGAGUAAUUAUACUAUACCAGUUCCUGUGGUGGAAAUGUUUAAGUGGCUUGGUUGGUCAAAUUCAAUGCUCAACCCAUUCGUGUAUGCCUUCUUUUACACCUGGUUUCGAUCAUCUUUUAGAAUGAUCAUUUCAGGGAAAAUAUUUCAAGGGGAUUUUACUCAUUCUAAGCUCUUUUGA